UUCACCAUGAAGCUCUUGAUCCUUAUCACAGCCAUUGUGGCUAUAUCGGCUGCCCCUCAGGGCUACAAUUAUGACAGGCCUUCAGGUCCCGGCUUCCACCCUGGAAACUGUGGUCCUGGACAAGUACUGCACGUUGAUGGCAGGUGUGUUACUCCACAUGUGACCCGCCGUGUGUACGUGUUCGACGUACCUCCCCACCCGCCGAGCUACGGCCCCCCACCCCAUAUCCCUCCACCAUCCGUUGAGACAAACCUUCUGUUCAUCCGAACUCCUGAAGAAGGACAAGGCCCACAACCCAUCGUUGUGCCUCCACCACAGCAGAAACACGUCGUGUACGUUCUCAACAAGCAGUCCGAGCAAGGACCAGAAGUGAUCGAAGUCCCCUCACCACCAGCAACCAAUCCUGAAGUUUACUUCGUGAACUACGCUGACGGCGAGAACCCAGUUCUUCCCAGUGGCGUUGACCUUCACAGUGCCCUGGGUGCAGCUGCUCAAGGAGGCGGCCAAGUGAUUGGAGGCGCCGGUGGUGAUUUCGGACCUGGCGCUGGAGGUUUUGGAGCCGGCGCUGGAGGUUUCGGACCUGGCGCUGGAGGUUUCGGAGCCGGCGCUGGAGGUUUCGGACCUGGCGCUGGAGGUUUUGGAGCCGGCGCUGGAGGUUUAGGAGCUGGCGCUGGAGGUUUCGGAGCCGGCGCUGGAGGUUUCGGACCUGGCGCUGGAGGUUUUGGAGCCGGCGCUGGAGGUUUAGGAGCUGGCGCUGGAGGUUUCGGAGCCGGCGCUGGAGGUUUCGGACCUGGCGCUGGAGGUUUAGGAGCCGGCGCUGGAGGUUUCGGAGCCGGCGCUGGAGGUUUCGGAGCCGGCGCUGGAGGUUUAGGAGCUGGCGCUGGAGGUUUCGGAGCCGGCGCUGGCGGCUUCGGAGGUGGUGCUGGAGGCUUCGGUGGCAAUGCUGGAGGUUUUGCCGGUGGUGCUGGUGGCUUUGGAGGCGGCCAUCCCCCAGCUCCCUCAACUGGUUAUGGCACACCAUAAACCUGCAUACGCUGCACACAACUGCGGGUUCUUAAUAGGAAGUCAAAGCGAAAACGUUGGCUACUAUAAUUUAUUUAUUAACAUAUUCUUCAUUGGUUAAAUCUAUAUAUACAUAUAAAAGUUGUAUAUGUAUUUAUUCUUCUAAUAAAGAGCUUAUUUUCAA